UCUACCUUCACUCAUUUUCCCCAAUUCUCUAAUUUCUCCCAAAUCCUAAUUCUCUCCCUCCCCGCGCCUUCAUUUUCCUGUAUCACAAUUAUUUUCCCUCAAAACCCUUCUCCGCAUCGUGCUGGUCUUCCAUUGUUAGGGUUGAGCGACCAUUGUUAGGGUUGAGCGAAGUGUCGAGGCGUCGAGGCAUCUGUGGAUUGAGCGAGGCUUCGAGGCAGCGUGGAGGCGCCUUAUUGUUCGUCGAGGUGCGUUCGGAAUUCAACUAUAGAUUCGGUCUCGGAGUUCCUCGCAUUUGCGGUUCACGCAGCUCAGAAAUCUGGCGAGAGGUCGUUGUAAUGGACAAAUCAUGGAUAGACAUGCCUCGAAAUACAAGUCAAUAUAUGAGAGGAUUGAAUACCUUCUUGGACUUCGCAUUCACUAAUAGUGGUGUUAGGGGAAAGAUAGUAUGUCCAUGUCAGAAAUGCAGUUUUAAGAAAUGGCAAAGUCGUGAAGAAGUAUAUGAACACUUAAUUAUUAAACCUUUUCCAAAAGGGUAUACAAUGUGGCUUCUACACGGAGAGAGAAGAGUAAAUGACGAAGCUCCUCAAGUAAUGGCCGAAGAAGAUGGUGGAAAAGUUGAAAUUAAUGAUAAUAUGUGUGAAAUGAUUAAUGAUGUAUUUGCACAUCAUUGCUCUAACAAUGACAUGGCGGAUGAUGACGAGAUGGGUGCAGAGUCAAGCCAUACUAGAAGUCAUGAUGGGACAAAUUUUUUUGAAUUAAUGCAAGAUGGACAACAAAGCUUAUACGAAGGAUGUGAUAAAUAUUCGAAACUUUCUUUCUUGGUGAAGUUGUAUCACAUCAAAUGUCUAUGCAAAAUAAGUGACAAAGCUAUGUCCAUGAUACUGGAGUUGCUAGCAGAUGCAUUUGAACAUGCUAAAAUUCCAAACUCAUUCUAUGAAGCCAAAAAAGUGAUUAACAAGCUUGGUCUUCAUUACACCAAAAUUGAUGCUUGCCCGAAUGAUUGUAUGUUGUAUGUUGGAGAAGACAAAGAUAGAGAUUCUUGUAAGAAAUGUAAGACAUCAAGAUGAAAGCCAAAAAAGAGAAAUACAAUUGGUGACAAUGUUGUUGUUAAUAAGCGAAAGAAGAUUCCUGCAAAGGUGUUAAGGUAUUUUCCUUUGAAGCCUCGAUUACAGAGGAUGUUUUUGUCAUCUAAAAUAGCUGAGCAUAUGAGAUGGCAUGCAUCAGAAAGUACGGAUGAAGGCAUGUUAAGACAUCCAAGAGAUUCUGAAGCAUGGAAGAAAUUUGACUUGAUGCACCCUCAAUUUGCCUUAGACCCUCGAAACGUGAGACUCGGUUUAGCUACUGAUGGGUUCAAUCCAUAUGGGAACUUGAGCACCAAUCACAGUAUUUGGCCAGUUGUUCUCAUACCAUACAACCUUCCUCCUUGGAUGUGUAUGAAACAAAGUUCAUUCAUUAUGCCCAUGAUCAUUCCUGGAAAGCGAGCAUCGGGCAAUGAUAUUGAUGUUUACUUACAACCAUUAAUAGAAGAGUUGAAGGAGUUGUGGAACACUGGCAUCAAAACUUUUGAUUCAUAUGGGAAUGAAGUAUUUGAUAUGCGUGCAGCCAUAUUGUGGACUAUUAGUGACUUUCCAGGACUUGGAACCUUAUCUGGGUGGAACACACAUACAGGAUUGGCAUGUCCGAGAUGUAAUUUUGACACUACUCCUAAGAAGCUUGUCAAAGGUGGGAAAUUUUGUUUUAUAAGUCAUCGUCGGUGGUUAGAUGGAAGACAUAGGUUUAGAUUGGCUCAUAUGAGGUUUGAUGGAACUAUUGAAAAUAGAAGCCAACCAGUGGCAAUCUCAGGUCAUGAUAUCUUACAACAACUUGGUAAUGUUCAUGUUGAAUUUGGGAAAGAACCUAUAGUUGAAGAAAGAUCAAAAAGACAACACAGAGUUGAUCGUCCUAAGGUAGAGACUCUACAAUGGCGAAAGAAAAGUAUAUUUUUUGACCUUCCUUAUUGGGUAGAUAACUUAUUGCACCACAAUCUGGAUGUUAUGCACAUUGAAAAAAAUGUUUGUGACAAUAUAUUGUUUACAUUGUUGAAUGAUAGUACAAAUAAUAAAUGCAAAGACAAUCUAAAGGCAAGAAAGGACUUACAACUUUGGGGUAUUAGACCAGACUUGUGGCCUGAUGAGAAUGGUAGAUAUCUUCCUGCUAUAUAUACAUUGUCAAAUGUAAAUAAGGAUAUAUUUCUAAAAACUUUGAAGAAUAUAACUGUACCUGAUGGUUACUCAAGUAACAUCAGUAGAUGUGUUGAUGUUAAACAACGUAAGAUUGGAGGACUAAAAAGUCAUGACUCACAUGUGUUGAUGGAGCAACUUCUUCCUUUGGCAAUAAGAAAGACACUCCCUAAAGAAGUGUCCUCUAUUUUGAUUGAUCUAUGCUCUUUUUUUAAACAAUUAUGUAAUAAAGUUUUGAAGAUAGAUCAACUUGUCCAAUUACAAGAUAGAGUUGUCCUCACAUUAUGUCACAUGGAGAUGUUAUUCCCUCCUUCUUUUUUCACAGUGAUGGUUCAUUUUAUUGUGCAUUUAGUAGAAGAUGCCAAGCGUGGAGGGCCUGUCCAAUAUCGAUGGAUGUAUCCUAUUGAGAGGUACUUAGGAAAAUUGAAGUCUUAUGUGCGUAAUAAGGCACAAGCUAAAGGCUCAAUAGCUGAAGGGUACAUGGCUGAAGAGUGCUUAACUUUUUGUUCUAGAUACUUAGAUGGAAUUGAGACCGUGUUCAAUAGAUUGCGUCGUGUUAAUGAUGAACCGAGCAUUGACUCUUGUACUGUAAGCACUUUAUUCCCACCGAUUGGAAAAGCAGUUGGAGGUUUCACUUAUUUCACUUUAUCUGAAAAGGAAAAGUUACAAGCACAUCGUCAUAUCCUAACAAACAGUGCCAUAGUUGAUCCAUUUCUUCAGUAA